UAAAGCGGAGCCGCCGAGCCCGGGCCGGCCGCAAUCGUCCCGAAUGUUCCGUUCCGCUCGCGGGGUGCGGGGUGCGGUUUUCCCUGUAAGGCUAAGAAAAUCAUCGAGAACAUGUCCGUGGUCGAACAAGAUCUGGAUCCAGAUAGUACUACAGGUACAGAACUUGUUAUAGAUUCUGAAGAAGAACUUAUUAAAGAAUGUGAAGAAAUGUGGAAAGAUAUGGAAAAUUGUCAUUAUAAAUGGUCGUUUAUUGGAACUGAGACACUAAUUCAAAUAAAUGCUCAGCUAUCUUUACUGAUGAUGCAAGUGAAAUGUUUGACUUCUGAACUCAAGCAAUGGCAAAAUGAAACGCCUGAAGUAAUUCCUCUGAUUGAUGAUGUUCUAACUACAUUAGGGAAGGAAGAGUUACAAAAAUUGAAGCAUGAUCUUGAAAUGAUACUACCCACUCUUCAGUCAAAGAAUAAAAAGUUAAAGGAAGACAUUGAAAGAGAGCAGCAGUGGAUGGACGAGCAGCAACAAGUAUUGGAAACUCUUACUACAAUCCACAGUGAACUGGAAAGCCAGGUUGUAAUUGCUAAUGAGAUGAAAACAAAAAUUCUCAGUAUAAAAGAAUUUAAGGAGAAACUCUUGAUUGCCCUGGGUGAGUUUCUGGAAGACCACUUUCCCCAGCCUAGUGGAAAAACUAAAAGGAAAAAGACAAACAUUGAAUCAACUGCAGAGCUGAUAACAUUGAAUGAGAUUAUAGAGAUCCUUAUAAAUAGAAUGUUUGAUGUUCCGCAUUAUCCCUAUGUCCAAAUUAGUGAUUCCUUUUGGCCACCGUAUGUUGAGCUGCUGCUGAGCAAUGGGAUUGCCUUGAGACAUCCUGAAGAUCCAACCCGAGUGAGACUGGAAACCUUUCAUCAGUAA